AUGGACGAUGCUUCACCACCCGGCAGCGCGCCGACGCUGGUAUCGGGACCCGUCUCCGACCAUGAACGGAGACUCAGCGUUGGAGCUCCAGCUUCGAGCUCUUCCGGACUUUCUGACGCGCCUAAUAUGCCCGCCACCGCUGGAGCGACAGAAGCAGGAGCUGCAAUGGAUUUGAGCCCGGACUCAGCAGAACUUGCGACAACAAACCCACCAGAGCAAACUGCUCAGUCAUCUACUAGCAAUGUCGAGGCCAAUGUGGGAACUGCGGCUAAUGCAGGUACGCCGGAGUGGACUGUCGCCGAUGACCAGAGCUCGACCAUGAUGGCGACACCUGCACAAUUUCCUGCCACUUCAGACACACCAACGCGAGGAGGAGUGCGAGUGCGAGCACGGGGCGUGGGCCGUGGCAGAGGCGGUGGUCGUCCUCGAGGCAGUAGAGCUCGUGGUCGAGGUGUCGGGUCUGCAGGACCAGGACCCGCUCUUAACGGCAACGGCGAUGCAAUGGCAACACCACUUGGAAGUGGUGUGCAAACCCCGGUGCUGGUCAAACCUCGAGGCAGAGGCAGGGGUGGUGGUCGACCGAGGGGAAGCAGAGCACGCGGUGGUGGACGCGGCGGCAAGAGGAAACGAGAGGAUGGGGAAGACGACGAAGACKACGAUGAUGAUUCGGACUCCAGCGAAGUUACUCCCAUCGCGACGAUGACGAAGUCAGGCCGGUCGGUGCAGAAGCCCACCAGCUUUGUACCGCCGCCGCCAUCACCUGUAAAUACCAACAAGAGAAAACGACCGUACGCUCGACGCAAUCCGGAAGCGGCAGUCUGCAAGGUGUGCUUGCGUGGUACUAGUCCUACCACCAACAUGAUUGUCUUCUGCGACGGAUGCAACAUGGCAUACCAUCGGUACUGUCAUCAACCACCAAUCGAUCAAGCUGUGAUUGAUGAGGUGGAUAAGGAGUGGUUUUGCAGACAUUGCGAGAGCGAGAGGGUAUUGCCCGUUCCUGAGGCUGAAGUUGCGAGCUUUGUUAGUGUCGAGGGAGCAACGGCUGAGCAGCGGCAACAAUACUUUUCGAAGCUGGCUCCCGGCGUCAUGAUCACAUUACUAACAAGAAUCACGACCUUGCAUCCCGACUUACCUGUAUUUGCACCGAGCUUCAAGGCCAGUCUAGAUGGUGUAGCAACAGAGGGUGCUUCAGUAAAUGCAUCCACCGCACAGGCGUCUUCUUACAUGCCUCCGGCGCCUAUCAAUGGGGUGGUCAAAGAUCCAUAUGCUUCGGCGAUGCCUCCACCGCCUCCGCAGCCCAGCUUCGGCCAAUCUCAUACAUCUUCAUCAAUAGCGGGUCCAUCAAGAGCUCCCGUCGAGGCGCCUGAGGAGUACUAUGGUCCCGAUGUGCAUCCAACAAAAUACCCUCGACCUGGUCAAGGUCUCAUGUCUACCUUACCUCCCGACAAGGAUGAUCUGCARUGGCUUGUGGAGGACGAUAAGUUCGGUGCGUUCACUCAUCUCUAUCAGCCUGAUCCGACCAUCGAUGCUGCGACUGCGACUGGCCAUGCUAGGGCGGAUGCCAGUGGUGCUGGAAGUGUUGUGUGA